GGCCUACUGAUUGAUGGGAUCGCUCCUGUGCAGGGACAGCGGUGAGAUGCCAAAUAAUAGAGUGGCCGCGAAGGACCGUCAUGUGCUGCCGAAAACGGGGUCCCAUAGGGCGGCUGAUAUUGGGAUGCUCGUCGCUUGACAGGAAUAUGCCAAACCGCAGGGACCGCCGGAUACAGUUUGAUUCUGUUGCUGGGGCUUUUGGUGAUUAUCGCGAACGGAUCCUGCAUUCCCAGGGGGAAUGGAGAGGCGGCUCCAUCAUAUACAAUACUGUACAUCUAAGGCACGAGAAGACAAGGUCGCGAGGGGUGACGCAGGUGGCAUUGGGUGCGGGGACGGGUGUCGCGAGCGGCCGAAGGAGGGGGCGAAGGAUGUGCAGUCUGAGCUUCGCUGGCUGGAGGCGGCGAGGGCACCGAAAUAAGGAAGACAAGGUUGGGACGCCGUCGGGUUCUCAGGCGUGGAGUUCCGACGCGCCGUCCCGAAGGCAUCGCCGCGAUGGAGAGGACCUGCUCGAUGUGGGCGACGACGAUCGCGAAGACAUGCCUCAUCAGGGCAGAAGCAUGCACAGGGCGGCGGAGAGGGGCAUGUGCGAUAUGAAUUGCGCGGGGACGGAGGCGUAUCGGUGCCACUGCGAUGGCCUGGAAAGGCAGGCGCAAGUUCCGGGGCCCCUGCGAGCUGCCGCGUGCGGAAUGGUGUGAAACUCGAGAAGCCUACUGGGAUCAGAUGUCGGGGAAACCUGCCAUUGGUUCGGGCAGGGGUUUGAAAUGGACUGAAUAAAAUGUGGCGCCCAAGCCCGAAGGAGGGCUAGGCGGAGGACACGCCACGGCCACGGAAGGAGCCGUUUGGGGCUCCCAUCCAUUGUUGUCUCCGGCGCCUGGGGGGCGGGGGCGGGGCGCGGUGUCCACUGACCGCCGCCGUCUCCCCAGAGAGGCCGCGACCGCUCGCCGGAGACCAGCGGGACCGCGGACGGCGGCGACGCGGACCCGCCAGAGACGGCGACCUGGAGGAGCUGCUGAAAUUAGAAUCAGAUUGUGGUCGGGCAGUUUCUGGG